AUGGCCACACCCGAAGAAAAAGCUCGCGACGCUGGCCCUCCUAAGGUCCUUUGCGUUGGCAUGCUGCGUACAGGCACAAGCAGCCUCGCAGCGGCCCUUUCUGAGAUUGGCUUCAAACACGUAUUCCACGGCCUGGAUUCCCGAACCAAGCCAUCGCAUUGGGUCUUCUUUGAACAAGCCGCUAUCGCAGCCUGGCCUGAAGUCAACGCAAAGGGCCAGUCGCCACCGCCCAAGCCGUUCAUCCGGAAAGACUGGGACGAGCUUUUUGGCGUGUACGAUGCGGUCACCGACCUGUCGUGCUUUUGGGCUCUGCAGCUGGCUGACGCAUACCCAGACGCCAAGAUCAUCCUCACCGAGCGCGACUUUGACAAGUGGUUUCCGAGUUUCGACAGCGAGGUGCUGCAGCCGCUCUUCGGACCUUGGGUCGACUUCUUCCUCAAGGGCGUGGGCAUCAUCAUCGGCAAUCGGGCGGGUUUCGCUAUGCAGAAAACAAUAAGUGGUUUCUUUGGUGGUGCGCGCACCCUGGAGGAACUCCGCAACCGAGCACCCGAUGUUUAUCGUCAGCAUUCGGAGCGCGUCAAGGCCCAUGUGGCGCCGGAGAGGCUCCUAGUGUAUCGCGUCGGUCGGGACGGAUGGGACCCGCUGUGCGAGUUCCUUGGAACAGAGAUACCUCAAGGAAAGGAGUUUCCGCGCGUCAACGACCGAGACUCGCAUCGUCAGGGUGACAAGGAGAUUCGGAAAGCAGUGUGGAUCGAGGCGAUUCGUUCCGUUGCCCCGUACGCCAUUGCUAUGGCAGCUGUCUGGGUGGGGUGGUUUCAUUGGAGAUAG